CGAAGUUUGAACACAUGUUUCAACUUCCGACUUCCAUCCAACAAGGGAAGGAGAAGAGACCAUCUCGGCCUUCGCUCUCUUCCACCACCGCGAAAAGAGUUCACCUUUUUCUCACUUUAAAAGCUUAAACCAAUUCUUUUUUACCACCAAAAAAAGUAAAAAACCCAAAGGUUCUUCUGUCUAAGAACAGCCUAAUUGAUUGGUUUUUCGAGUUUUGGAGAGAGUUGGUUUUGUGUUGAUUUCCUUGAUUAUGCAAAUAUCCAGAUGGCGAAACGUGUUGGUACUCAAGAAUUCAUUGGUUUCAGCUUUCUUACCUUCAGAACCAACGGCUACUGUUGCAACAACCCAUGUUGCUUCAUUCCAUUCAACGCCUAUUACCUGUGAAAAAUGGAAGAACAAAUGGAAUUAUGAUGAAAAAGGGGCUCAACAACCAUCUAAGACUUAUGUAAGAUAUGCAGUACGUCAAAAGCGUGCUGAUGCAAAGAGAGCUCUAAAAGACCUUCUCUUUAAUACUGGUUCCUCAAGUAUUUCAUUUCAGGAUGACAAUCCAAUAUGGAAAUUUCAUGGAACAGAAGGCCAGGAUUCAGAUGGCUCCAAUAAGAAGUGGCGAUCAAGGUUUCCUGGACAACGUGCUGGGAAAUCUAAUCACAAAAAAAUAAAACGAAGGUUUAGAAGAGAGAGUUUCUCUGAGGACUUUGAUCAUCCUGAGACAAUCUUUCAAGCUACAUUUGGGAACAAAUGGUAUACUUGGUCUUCUAGUGGGGAAUCUUCUUUCCAAAAUUCAGAAUCUGGAUAUGAGUGGAGAGAAAAAUCAGGCUGGACUAAUCAAAGAAGAAAACAGUGGGAGACUAUGAGUGAAACUGAGUCUGAGGAUGAGUCAUAUGCUGUAGGAUCAUGUUCUGAUAGAUUAAUCCUUGGUCUGCCUCCAACUGGCCCCUUGAAAAUUGACGAUGUUAAAAAUGCUUUCCGUUUAUCAGCUUUAAAGUGGCAUCCUGAUAAGCAUCAAGGUCCUUCACAGGCAAUGGCCGAAGAGAAAUUUAAGCUGUGUGUUGAUGCCUACAAAUCAUUGUGUAAUGCUCUAGCCUGAGGUGGUUGGUGUUUCAUUCAAAUGCUUACAGCUCCAAGUAGGUUGUCUUGGAGAAUAGCUAGUAUAUUGAAUUAUUCUUCUAUCAAUUUUUGGUCUUCUUCAUAAUUCAUCGCCAACACCAAGUUGGCUCUUCUACGAUUUGAUUAUUUGGCCCAAAAUAUUGAGAAUGGGCCAUAAAUUUAUUUUUAAGAAGGGAACAGGGAUUGUAAACUUAAAUAAAAUAAAAUAAAAACAAGGUGAUCGGAAAUCUUGAUGAUGAUUUCUUACUCAAA